UAAAGUAUUGAACCAAUGCGGGGUUCGAAUGAAUUGAUUUUUACGUCACCAUUCAAGUGUUUGCCAGGGCGCAACAUUUAAACAGGCACCUUAAAGAAUUUGCCGAAAAAGUGAUACAUCAUAAUGCAUGUGACGACUUCAUCGUAGAUAUAAAAUAUUUUGUAACGCUUUGGAUAUUGUGAUUUUUUAUUGAGCUUAUAAUACAUAAUAAACAGUGAACGUGUGUGGAGGUUUAAUAAGUGUUAAAUAAUCGAUGAAAACGAAUGUACUAGUGAAAACCCAACGUAACUACCUCUAAAUUAAAAAAAAAAAUAGCAAAAUUACAAUGUCGAUAAACUUGGACAAGCCGAGGUUUGACCAGAAGACGUAUUGGGGUCGCGCCAAGCAUUUCGUUCUGCUCACCAAUCCAAUAAAUGCAUUCGCUUCUGACAAACAGCUCAAUGAAGCUAAGAAGAUCGUCGACGAGUUCAGGAAAACAAGAGUUAUGCCCUCCGGUUACGACGAAGAUAAACUAUGGGCCACCAAAUAUCUAUACGACAGCGCGUUCCACCCCGACACUGGGGAGAAGAUGAUCAGGAUCGGUCGCAUGUCUGCGCAGGCGCCGAUGAACACACUCAUUACUGGCUGCAUGAUAACAUUCUACAAGACGACUCCGUCCAUCAUUUUCUGGCAGUGGACCAAUCAGACGUUUAACGCUCUGGUAAAUUACACAAACCGUUCGGGAGAUGCACCUCUUAGUUCUAAACAAUUAUUAGCGUCCUAUUGCGCUGCGUGUGGUGGUGCCCUAACUACUGCUCUAUACCUCAACAGCAAAGUUAAGGGCAUGAACCCACUGUACGCGCGACUGGUACCGUUCGCGGCUGUCUGCGGCGCUAACUUCAUCAAUAUACCCAUGAUGAGGAGCAAUGAGAUCCUAAACGGCACCCCGGUGUACACACCGGACGGGCAGCGCGUGGGCGACUCCCGGGUGGCGGCCUGCACCGGCAUACUGCUCGUCUGCAUCUCACGAGUCGGCAUGGCACUGCCUGGCAUGACUCUAGUGCCAAUGAUAACAAACGCAGCGAUCCAAAGGCGUCUAUUCGCGCCGACAUCAUUAGCCAUCGUCCCUCUGCAACUGUCUCUCGUCUGUCUGUGCGUCACGUUCGCCACUCCACUGUGCUGCGCCUUCUUCGAGCAGCAAGCUAACAUUAGUAUCAAUACUGUUGAAAGUCAUAUAAAGGAAACCGCCCUAAAGAUAUCUCCUACGACAACUUCAUUGUACUACAACAAGGGUUUGUAAGCAGCUAACGAGAAAUGUUAAUUUGUAACAAUAAGUAUAUAUUAAAUAGUGUGUAGCUGUGAGCCGUAUCAAACACUGCCUAACGUACAAAAAAUCCGCAUCAGCAUUUAACUAAAAUAAACAUAUAUUGGGUGUCCCUUGAAGUAGUUAUUUAUGUACCAUUUAUGUUCUAAAGUUAGUAAAUGACCCUUAUUUAAAAAUAAUAGGGGUUAACACGGGAUACUAUAGACAAAGUGGUCAUAUAUUUUUAAGCCAAUCGCGAAAGUUGAAAAAUUUUAAUGGUAAAUGACCCUGUCCAUUUGAUCCAUACUUCGAGGGAGCCCAUUUAUAGGUAGAAUCAACAUCAUAAAGAUGGGAACACUCAGGGUAAUCGAUGAUGAAUUAUGUCGGUACAAACCACGGAGUGAGAAAAGAUGAGCGAAGGUGCCAUAAUGCACAUGGGCAGGCGCCUUUACCUGUAGAGGGGGCAUGACCAAAACGAGUUAGGUACUAGCGAACCAACGAGGCGUUCGGGUUCUUUGAGACAUCUGACAACGAUUUUGAAUAUUAGAAAAUGUUCGGGUCCAAAGAAGGCGUAUAAGAGCGCGGACAGGAAGGUUCCUCGUCCCCAGAACACCCGCAUUUUGGAGCCCUUCACAGAUUUUCCGUUAUAGCACCUCCGCUAGUUAUUUUUUUCUCCGUGGUUGAAGCGAAUGUCAACGAUUUACCCUCAGUAUUAUCAUCUUUAAUGACCCUGAGUUUACAAAUAGAGACCUUUCCAAAAGGACCAUAUAAAGUUCUUCAUCCCUGCCAUUAUUAUAGAUUCUAGAAUGAGCUUAUUGGUGAUCAAUCCUAGAGAUUUAUGAAAAGCAUUUGAAGGCACAGAAAAAAUCAAAAUUGCAAGUAUGUAAAGUCAAUUAUUUAGAUCAGGAAUAAAUAUAACUUCGGAAUAAAAAAUAAGGCCAGGAAACAAUGUUUGGAAUGGCGACGUUUGUGACUCUAAACGCCUAUAUUAAAAAGGGGGUGUCACGACGACUAUAUUUUCUUUUUCUUCUCCUGAUAACCUGUCUAUAUACAUUUUUGUUUAUUUCGUAACUUAGUAACAUCAGUUUUAUCAUGUUCAAGUUUUUCUUUUAUAUAAAUAUUGUAUUGUAUAGUUAUAAAUUAGUUCAACUUGUGGCCUCUUUUCCAUAAGACACACUCUUUGGAAUUGAACCGUGCACCUAUCUAUUGACGUUUCGUAAGAACUUGUAAUAGGACUAGUGAAAUAAAAACCUUUGUCUCGACUUUUUCUUUGAUACAACUUGUAUUUACUAUUUUGAGUUAAUUUGAAUUUUUGACUAUACCUAUAUCUUUGGUGAUCUAAAAGAUCGAAAAGAUAUAAUGUAUCUUAUGUAUUAGGGACAAUAACAAUAAUUUUGAUGGAGGUAUAGACAACAGAAGUAGGUAAGUAGACCUUUUCUUGUCUAUUGUUGAUGUGAUUUAAAUAAUUCCGAAUGACGCUAACUUGUUAUAAUUAUCUAGUUUUUAAGACAAUGUUUGUUUUUUGUAUAAAAUAAAGACGUUUAUAUUACUUGUUGAAGAGGCUUAUGAUAUAUUUCAUUACUGCCAAAUGGUUAUGCUUGAGCUUUUACAUUGCCCAGCAGUUAAAUGGCACAGCAAAUUAUAUAAAUAUAUAUUAUGCUUAAAUGAAACUUUCCAACAAUUGUUAAUAUUAUUUUUUUAAUGUUAUUUUUUUCAUUUUUAAGUUCUACACUGUUUACAACAAUGUAUAUUAUGAACUAUAAUUUCCAAAGUGUUUUGCUUUUGAUAGAAUUUUAUUUACUUUUUUAUGGUUAUUGAAGAAUUGACGAGGGCGAUAGGUUGAUAGAUUGUAAGAUGCUGUUCAUGAAAAGAAAUUUCAAUAUACCGCAGUAUUUUUGUUACGACAAUAUGUGUAUGAUGUAAAGUUACCGAAAAGCUAUAUCUUUUUCUUCUUUGCGUUAGACCCAAACCGAGCAAAAUAUUGUACCUAUGACAUAAAUCAAAUUAUAUAACCAUUUCUUUUUGUGACCAGCUUUAUAAAGCUCAAUGUUUAGAUCAAGUUAUUUAGUCGCCUCUCCGAUCUGAAUUCUAUGGAGGGAGGAAUUAUCAUUAAAUAAUUAUUAAUUAUUUUAGCAAUAUCGUGCAAUAACACUCCAAAUAUAUUUUUAUUUAAUUUUUAUUCCAUUAUAUUGUGAUGUUAAUAGUAAGGAGUAUAUGCUGACAAUAAUAUAUUAUGUAACUACAUUAUAGUUAAGACUAUCGUAGUCAUUUAUUUGUAGUACUUAUUAUCGUUAUUAUGUGUAGGUAAUCAGUAUGGCUGCAUUUUAAUCAUGUUAUAUUAUUUUUUAUAUUUAUUUAUUCUGAUACUGAUUAAGAAUUGUGUUAAUACCUACAGAUUAUAUUUUGAUUAAUGUUAGGAUUCUUUAAGAUUUAAUUAUUGCAAUUAGCCCUUUCCUUUAUUUUACAAACAAUAAACGAUUGCGUUACA